UCGCUAUGUUAUAAAUGAUGGCCUCCUGGCCCAAUGGCAAGGCGUUUGACUUCGAUUUCCGCUUCGGCGCUAUAUGGUAUCAAAAGAUUGUCGGUUCGAUCCCGGCGGGGGUCAAAGCAUCAUUAAUUUUUUGUUUUUGUUUUUGACGGUACAAAACGGAUUUUUUGCAUGCUGGUGUACGAUAUUACUAUACUAGAGAUUUGGCCUUUAUUUUUGUCUCUUUGUCUGUAAUGCGGUCCGGAAAUGCUGUGGGGUGUGGUUUGCUUCGGGUGGCAUCCCCAACAAAGCGACCAACAAAGCGACGACGUCAAGACGACGCCAAGACGACGCAUAACCUCCUGGCAAUGAAGACGAUGCAUCAUGCGAGGCAUACAACGACUAUGUACUUCUUUAUUUAUCUAACUGAGUGUAUUUCCUACUCCUAAAAUACGAGCUUGCGGUUUGGAUCGUUGGUUGCGCGUGGCCAGGUGACAUCGCCAACCGUGAACGCCUUGUUGUGUCAAGUCCAUAGAUUCAUUAUCUCAGACAAGAUGGCCACUCUACCAAAACCCCCAAAUCCACAAGUGCUUCGAGCAGACGAUGGCGUGGAACUCAGCUACUACACUGUCGGCUCUGGUGCUGGCAUUAUCAUAAUCCCAGGCGCCAUGUCCUCCGCCCUUAGCCAAUAUGAAUUAGCAUUAUCACUCUCCUCAUCCUACACAGUCCAUCUAUUUUCCCGCCGCAGUCGUGGUCUCUCAGGACCAUACCCCUCCUCCGUGACAGAACCUAAAACCCCCCUCCUGCGCACCCCAGGACCCACCGACGACAACCCCAUAGACCUCCCAUACGAUCCCCAAUUCUGCCUCAACGUCCUCAAAACAGACCUUACAGACCUGUUCGCCCUAGUGCGACACACAAGCGCAACAUCUCUCUUUGGCAUUAGCAGCGGCGCCCUCCUCGUCCUCGCCGCAUGCACACACCGUCCCACCGAAGUCCCAAACCCCACUAUCCAAAAAGCUAUCAUCUUCGACCCGCCACUCAUCCUAUCCUCCCCACUAGCCACGCGAGACAUCCUCCCCGACCUCCCCAGCAUCCGCCGCUACGAAGCUGAGAUCGGAACUGGGGAUACAACUUCCGCGCUCGUAACGGCAAUGCGGAUCGUGCAGCUUGGUCCGGGGUGGCUGCGUAAAUGCCCAGAUUUUAUCAUCCGUUUCCUGACGGGACUGAUCAUGUCCGCCGAGGCGAGGGAGCAAGGCAGGCGAAAGGGAGCGGGGGAGGAGGAUGAGGGGGUCGUGACGAUGGAGAUGUUGGCGCCGGUGUUGAGGUAUGAUUUUGCGCUUGUACAGGCGAUGGUGGAUGAUGCGAGGGUGUUUGAGAGAGUUGCUGAGGGGAGGAAGGUUUUGUUUGUUGGAGGUGGGGGGAGUCCGGGGUAUAUGGGGUUUGCGAUGCGGGGGUUGGUUGAUGCGGUGAGGGAGGGGGGGUUUGAAGAGGGGAUGGAAUGGGAGGAGAUUGGGGGUGUGGGGCAUGAGUUGUUUGAGAAUAAGAGAAGGAAUGGGAGAGUUGAGUUGGGUAUCGAGACUGUGAGGAAGUUUUUGGCAAGCUGA